CUUGUAUGAAAAAUUGUUGAUGUUUUUAAUUUGGUUUGAAAAACACAAUAUAUGUGGUGUUCUGGUAAUCGUGGAUUGUGGUGGUGAUAUUUGAUAUCAGUUUCUUCUUCAAUAAAUGAUAAUAUGGUGAUAGAUGAUCCAUAGAUAUAUAAAGUUUAAUUGACCUAGAAAAAUAGUGAGAGCCUUGUCAUUUUAUUGUAAAGUACCUACCUAUCCAUUAGCUAUUUAUUGAACCCACAUCAAUAUGAAAGUGAUAAUCCUGCUAUCAUUUCUGAUGAUCCAAAUUUGCUAUGCCCCUCCUGUUCAACAAACCAAAAAAGAAGAAGGUAAAGAAGACUCUGGAAUUAAUGGCUUGGAAGACUAUAUGGAAUAUCACCGAUAUCUCAAGGAAGUAGUCAAUGCCCUAGAGUCUGACCCAGAUUUCAGACAGAAAUUAGAAAAAGCUGAUGAAAGUGACAUCAGAUCAGGGAAAAUAGCUGAAGAGCUGGAAUUUGUCUCACACCAUGUAAGAACAAGACUGGAUGAGAUAAAACGUGUGGAACUUGAGAGACUCAAAGAUCUCACAGAAAAAAAAAGGCAACUUGAAGAUCCCAAUUCCAUAGAUGAGGACCCUACACAUCAUCAUGUAGACCACGCCAAUCCACACACUUUUGAAAUAGAUGAUCUCAAGAAACUGAUUGCUAAAACUACUGCUGAUUUGGCAGAGGCUGAUAAGAAGAGAAAGGAACAGUUCAAAGAGUAUGAGCUGGAGAAGGAGUAUAAGAAGCAGGAUAAGUUGAAUCAUACUAAUGGUGCAGAAAAAGAAAAAUUAGAAAAGGAAUUUCAGGAGCUGGAGCAGAAGCACAAGCAGCACGAGAAGCUGCACGAGCCUGGCCACCAGGCGCAGCUGGAAGAGGUGUGGGAGGAGCAGGACCAGAUGCAGCAGGACUUCGACCCGAAGACGUUCUUCAUGCUGCACGACGUCGACGGCAACGGGCUGUGGGACCAGGACGAGGUGAAGGCGCUCUUCGUCAAGGAGCUGGACAAGAUGUACCAGCAGGGGGCGCCCGAGGACGACAUGAGGGAAAGGUACGAAGAGAUGGAACGCAUGCGGGAGAGCGUCUUCAACGAGAUGGACAGGAACAGGGACGGCUUCAUAGACUACAACGAGUUCUUCCACCAGACCAACACGAACGACUUCAAGCAGGACCGCGGUUGGCAGGGCCUCGACGAGCAGAGGCCCUACACGGACGAGGAGCUCGCCGAGUACAUCAGGCAGCACGAGAUGGCGAAUCAGGGGCCGCAGGGUUACCAUCCGGGGGCUUACCAGGGUCCACCUCAAGGAUAUGUAGAAGUGCCCCGACAAGGACAAGUACCACCAGGUGCUUACCAACAAGUACCACCGGGUGCUUACCAACAGAUACCACAAGGUGGUAACCAAAUACCACAAGGUACUCACCAACAGGCACCACCAGGUGCAUACCAACAAUUACCGCAAGGUGGUAACCAAGUACCGCACGGUGGUAACCAACAGGUUCCACCAGGCGCAUAUCAACAGGGACCACCUGGAGGUUACCAACAGGUACCUCAGGGUGGGUACCAACAGCAGGUACCUCAGGGUGGGUACCAACAGCAGGUUCCUCAGGGCGGGUACCAACAGCAGGUUCCUCAGGGCGGGUACCAACAGCAAGUUCCUCAGGGUGGGUAUCAACAACAGGUACCUCAGAGUGGGGACCAACAGCAGGUUCCACAGGGUGGGAACCAGCAGCAGGUUCCACAGGGAGGUGGACAGAAUGCGGGUGGUGGGGUACAGCAUCCACAGGCGCAGGCGCAGCAACAGGGAGCUCCUCAGCAUCAGGCCAGUGGUGGAGUUCCUCAGGACCAUUUGAACACCAAUGAAGUGAACCCAGCAGAACAGAAAAUGACAAAUCAGCAACAGCCAAAUGUGCAAGCUAACAACCAUCCCAACAGCAUCAAUGAACAAAAACAUUAAAAUAAUCGACAUUAAGAACAAAUACUUUGACAUCAGCUGAUUGACUCUUAUCAACUCUCAAGUCGGUAUGGCGCUAUGCAUUUUCUUGGCCAAUAAUAUUCUGUACAAAAAUAAAGAUUGCAACGUCAAUCCGGGUUUUUUGUUGAAGAAAACUUGAAAUUUCAAUGAGACUUUUGUUGCUUGGUAAUUUGAGAAAAAUUGCCUUUGAAAAAAUUACAGUCCAUAGAACUGGAUAUAAAUAGAUUCCAUAUCAAAAAGUGGCCGUUUUGAGUUGCAAUCUUUAUUCUUUUACAUAUACGAUAUACAAUAAAAUGCAUAUGUCAUAUGAGCUUUGUAGACAAUUUAUUGCAUUUUUUAUAUCCAUGUUGAUUAUAUAUCAACAUUAAAAUGCAUUUUAAAUAAAAAAAAAAAACAUUUUUGUUGAUAUACUUAUUUUUGAAUUUAGCAUUUAUAUAUUGUCGUUUUUAAGAAAAUAAUAGUCCAGGAUAACUAACCAUUUUUAUUUAUUAUGAAUUGUAUUUUGAAAUAGGUGAUAAAUCGAUUUAAAUUAUCUACAAGUUCUGUAUUUUUGAUCUGUGAAAUUUACCUUAAUUUUUAUUCUUUGUUUUAAUUUGUUAUGAAAUAAAUAUGGAAUCAUUACUUAUUUAUCUCAAAUAAAUAUAAUUACUUCGUUCAUUCCGA